AUGAGGAAAAAAACACACCGUUUUAUUUACUACUCGGACACUGGCUGGGCUGUUGGGGCUGAAGAGUCUGACUUUGAAGGCUGGGCCUUCCCUUUCCCUGGUGUGACACUGUUAGAGGACUUCGUGACCCGAGAGGAAGAAACAGAGAUGGUGCAGCUGAUGGACCGUGAGCCCUGGAAGCUCUCACAGUCUGGACGGAGGAAGCAGGACUACGGCCCUAAAGUCAACUUUCGGAAACAGAAGCUCAAGACUACUGGCUUCCAAGGCCUCCCCAGCUAUAGCCGGGAGGUGGUGCGGAGAAUGGGCCUCUACCCCAUCCUGGAGGACUUCCGGCCCGUAGAGCAGUGUAACCUGGACUACUGCCCAGAACGGGGCUCAGCCAUUGACCCCCACCUAGAUGACACCUGGCUGUGGGGGGAGCGGCUGGUGAGCCUCAACCUUCUGUCCCCCACCGUGCUGUCCAUGUCCCGGGAGGCACCUGGCAGCCUACUGCUCUGCCUGGCCCCGUCUGGCUUCCCAGAGGCCUUGGUAGAAGGUGUGAUGGCUCCCAGCAGGUCUGUCCUGUGCCAGGAGGUGGAGGUGGCCAUCCCUUUACCCCGUCGCUCUCUAUUUGUGCUCAGUGGAGCCGCGCGGCACCAGUGGAAGCAUGCCAUCCACCGAAGACAUAUCGAGGCCCGCCGUGUGUGUGCCACUUUCAGGGAGCUGUCGGCUGAGUUCUGUCCUGGUGGGAAGCAGCAAGAACUGGGGCAGGAGCUCCUGCAAAUCUCUCUCUCCUUUCAGGGGAGACCCAUGUGA